GGGGUUCCCCACGCGAGAAACUAUAAAUUGCCGACUCCACCUCUGCAAUCACCAUUCUUGAGUUACCGUUUACUUGGUGAAAGUGGGAUAUCAUUUUCUUCUCUUCCUUACUGAGUUAUCUUACAGAGCGACUAGCUCCUACAAGGAUUUGAUACCUGAUUGUAUGUGUUUUAGACUAGGAUCGAGAAAUGAAGUGGCUUAUAGCUCUUGGCCUUUUGGCCCUAGCAUCUAUGGUUAAUGGUCAUGCACAACCAUUAUGUGCACCCUACUUUACAUAUAACAACGGCAGCUGCUACAGAAUGUCAUCUGGAGAGAGCUACACAGCUACAGGGGCUAGGAUACGACUGGAAGGGAUGCCCUUCGCUCAAGCUAACCUCUUCUGCGGUCAGUGUCACCCAGGUGCGCAUCUAGUAGUCAUCAGUGAUGCAGCCGAGCAUGAGUUCCUCUACAAUAAUUUCUACGGUUUUGAACCCACAGAGGUUUGGGUUGGUCUCUUCUUCAAUUCAACCACAUUGGCUUGGGAGUGGGUGAAUGGUGAACCCGCCCUCAACGUUCCAUGGGAGCCUUUCUACGGAGAGCCUUUGGUCACUCACCAAGGUGCAGCUAUGAUGUACGUCAGUGAGGUCAUCGAUCAGCAGACCACCUUGAAAUACGGAUAUGGUAUCGAGGUUUCUGAUUACUUGGUUUCAGAGUUAGGCGAGGAACCGCUUCCAUUCAUCUGCGAAUAUUCCUUAAACAUGAUGCAAGAUAAUACGACGUGGUUUGAUACCGGAAAUACCACCAACUUCAAUACUACAGGUGGUUUCGGUUUCAAUAAUACCAGCACCCCCACGUACGCACCAAGAACGACCCCUCCUCCAACCUUCGCUCCUCAGGUACUCUUCCAACAGGAUGCCCGCCCUAUGCGUCUGUCCGAACCUGGAUUUUUCGGUAGUUUCCUACGGGAAGUUACUAAAGAGGAGAGGCAAAGAGCCCGCCCCGCAUACAAAGGACCUAUGCAAUAUAACCAGAGGGGGGCUGCUCAAGGGAACAAUCGGUAUCCCUGGAUGGCGAUGCCAUAAAACAGACCAUUCCUCCAGGGGUGUGUUUCAAAAAGAUCCUAAGUAGAACUUAACACUAAGUUGGACUUAAAAAUUAUGGACAGCCAUUGGAGCCUUGAAAUGAAAUAUAUUCAAAAGUAGAAAUUCAAG